AUGAAUAAUCAAUUUCAAGAAGAUUUUUUCCUCAAAUUUGUUUUGAUACCAUUUACAGCCAUUGCUAGUCCUGUUUCUUUCGUUCUCGCUCAAGGAUGGUCAAGAUCCAGAGCGGUUCUCAACUCAUUCGAGUUUGGAAGUUUCCCAACUGUUACAUCCAAGACCUAUAUCAAGAGAGAUUCAAUUCUCCAAAAAAUAAUAUCAAAGUUGAUGCCUCAUCCAACCUCAUGUUUGUACCAUCUCAUCGUCGGAGAACAUGGUACAGGGAAGUCAACUCUGUUGAUCCAGGCUUGCCAUAAAGUGAGGAAGGGUGUUGUCUAUGUCUCUGUUCCAGAGAAUGUUGGAGCCUUUGGGAGAGAGAUUGGAAAAGCCUUCAACUUCAAAUAUGACGAGCACGUUUCUUUAAAGGCAUACUUCAAUUCAAUACUUGGUGAAGCAUUCCCUCGACCAUCUGGAACCUCACCAAUUGAACUUUUUCAGAGAUUAAAUGUCUUUAUCAAUGAGGCAGCAGCUGCCUAUACCGCCAAACAUGGAAUCCCUCCAGUCCUCAUCAUUGACAAUAUCAACUGGCUGGCUUUGAGAGACAGGGAGAUGCUCGAGGUCUUGCAAGACUAUGCCAAGAUCCAUGCUGACAAAGGAGAUCUGGUGAUCGUAUUUGUUUCUAGUGAUGGGAAUGGCCCCGUUAUCCUCCGAGACAGAUCAUCGUUUUCACGAUGUGACAAAUCGAUCCUCGAAAUCGGUGACAUACCAGAUGAGGAUGCAAUCAAACAUUUGAUUGCCACUUGCAAGAUCAAAGAAGAAUCGGCUUCAUAUUUGGUGGCUCAAGUUACUGGUGGUAGAUUCCAGCUAUUGAAUGAAUGUAUUUCCCAAAUUAGGGAAGGAAAGACUGAUCAACAAAUCAAGAACGACACUUAUUAUUCUGUCAUCACAGAGUUUGAGAAAUGUGGAAUCAAUCCCAAAUCUGUUAUUGGACGAUCAGAUUUCCACUCACUAUUCAAAAAACUCUUGGAGGAAAAGGUUGUCAAAGGAAGAGAUGUUGGCCAAUUGAUCCAAGACAGAAAUCUGAGAAAUAGGGUAAUCUCACAUAAUAUAUUUUCUUGUAAACUACUUGGUGGGGAUAUUACUUUCCAAUCAAGAGCAGUUGAGAACUAUGUUAGAGUUUCUAAAAUAAUUAUUUAA